GGUGAGCUCUUGGUUUCGCUGAAAUCAAGUGGGAAAAGGUCAGAAUCAAAACCAGUCCUGAACAAAGACUUUAAAUCACAACUAGAAUGGAACAUACAAGUAGAAUGGAAUAUACAGAAGUCUGUGAAUGUAACUGGAUUUCUUGGGAGAGUUUCACUUUUUUUUCUUUAAGAAUUAUUUUGUUAUUCACCCUUUUGCUACGCUGCACAAGCAGAAAUCCCAAAGCAGCGAGAGCCCUUGGAACCAGAGUGCAAGUCAGAAGUGCAGUCGAGCAGAAAAACAUUUGCUUCCUCACGGGUAGACUGGAGACUGCACCACCAACAUCAAACUUUGCCCCUGAUGUAGUUCAGACCAAGAGCCAAGAACAGAAAACACAAAUCACCUCUGCUUCCUGCACCAUCUCUUGGAAUGGAAACAAAACUGAAAACCUGCUGACGCAGAAUCCCACAGCACCGUGCAAAGGAUAAGGCAGCCGUUUCUGGAGCAGCUCACUUGGGCAUAAAGCCUGGAGAGCUUGUGACAGAAUGUCUACUGAAACCUUUCUGAAGGAAAUUCAAGGCAUUGCUGAGAAGUUUCUCCUUAAGCUUCAGAAACUGCCCAAGGCUGAGCCAGUGGAAAUUGUCUGCUUUUGUGUGGUUCUUCUGUUCAUCGUCACUGUUCUGGUGCUCAUGAUCAUUGCCUGCAGUUGCUGCUGCUACAGCUGCUGUGGCUGUGAUGACACCAGAGGUAGGAAGAGCCAAGUCCGCCCAACUGCCCGCUCGUGAAGUUCAAUGAGGUGACACAACCUACUAUCAAGGACACGCAUGGACAUCAUGAUUCAGUCCUAUGGGAAUGACUUUCCACACUAGCUCACUGAAAAUGGCAAUAACAAUAUUAAUUAACAUGACUCAAAGGACCAGAAACCACAGCGUAGAAUUCCUUCUCUCUGUGACAGCCACUACUGUGACCAGAAAGCAGGGUGGAAAACCAGCAUGUCGUCAGCGCAAGAGGCAUCCUCAGUUCUGGAAGACCUAAAGACACUGAUUACAGCAAGUGACUGGGCUCUUGAAGGGCUGGUGGUGAUUGGCAUCUUCUGUCUUGUUUUUAUUGCUCUCAUUUUAUUUGCUGCUAUCUUUGGGUGCUGCACAUCUUCAAGGCACAAACAGAGCGGCACAUAGACAGUGACGUAACGACGCGGUACUUGGAGCAAGAAUCAGCUCAGCUACAACCUGACUGUGUUGUUCACAGAAAGCUUCCUCAUCCUCUCUCCCUGGGUGAUUAUUUCUCCCCAUGCAACUUUCCUGCAUCAAAAGCAAUGUCCCAAUGCCUGCAAGUUGUUCUGCAGGUCCACAGCAAACUCAGUACAUCGGGCUGUCUGUGCUCAGGAACUGCGUGAUUCGCCACAUACCAAAGUCAACUCACCUCUGUCUGAUUUUCAUCUUUCAAGCAAACCCACCAGUUAGAGGUGGCUACCCCCUAAAACUGAUUAAGAUGUCUUCUGCUGCUGCAGCUACGUGGUUUGUUUUUUCUUUUUUUUUUCACCUUGCAAAAGAGCAAUAGGAAACUCUGAGCACUGAAAGCUUUGUCUAAACCCACUCUGGAAAAGCAGCUUAUACCAUUGUUCUCCUGUCAUACCCGGACAAUAGCCUAAAUAUACUAUGCAAAAACUUGCUUGCCAGUACA